AUGGUGACAGAGAUCGCGUACGAACCGCUCCCCGAAGGCCUCUUCACUCCGCUCUCCCCGUUAUCCGCCGCUUCCGCCUGUUCCGCGGCUUCCGCCGCUCCUGCGCUGUUUUCCCCAGACGGCCACUCCGCGCGGUUUUUCGACUCCCCCGGCGCGUCUUCGUCUGCCUCCGUCUCCUCCGCGUCCGUUCUAUUCCCCGGCGCUUCGCCAUCUUCUUCCCCCGCCGCGCACACAUUUUCGUCGCGACACAGGCGGCAGUCGUCCGCGUCGCACGCGACGACACCUCCGCUAAUUACGUCGCUGCAAGGCGACGUGCCGCGCUCGCCGCCGGCUCCGUUCCGCCGGCGAUCUCACUCGUUCGCGUCGCUCAACACCGUUCAGCUGCAGCGGAAAAUUCACGCGUCCCCAUCCCCGCCCAUGUCCCCAUCUCUCGCGCCGUGUUUCGUGCGCGCGGAAGCGACAGAAACAGACGGGCAGGGGCCUACGAAAGUGCGCCCGGAGUCAGGCGGUGCAUCGGGCGCAGCGACGGCAGCGUCGACUCUAGCGGAAGCCAGGGCGGCUCGUCUGUCCACGUCAGCAGCAGCAGCUACUGCCGCCAACCCAGGAAGAACUAAGAUUUUCGCAUCGGUGCCGCUCAAUAAGCCUCCAUAUCUUUCAUCACCCGCGAGUACUGGAUAUGCGAACUGUGCGAUAACCGCCUCUACUUCGCUUCAUUCGCACGCCGUCGCUGAAGCUGGCGUGCCAGAGUUCCCUCGCUGGGGAUCUACAAAGCAGCAGCAGCAGCAGCAGCAGCAGCAGCUGCAGCAGCAGCAGCGGCGGCGGCGGCGGCGGCGGCAGCAGCAGCAGCAGCAGCAGCAGCAGCAGCGGCGGCAGGGGAAGCAAGAAGCAGUGCGAGUAGAAGCAGUGCGAGUAGAAGCAGCACGGCCAGGGGUAGCAAGAGCAUGA